UCAUAAAUGUACAUUGACUAAUAAAACCACCUUGCAGUAUUAUUAAAGGAAACUGUCACAAAAUGAUCCAAGUUAAAUCAUAAAACAGCCAAAAUCAUUUAUUUAUAAGGUCUAUCACACGUUUUAUUCUUUCACUUCAUUCUUUCUAUUUGAUUUGUUUACUUCUGUCAUUUAUUUACCCCUGCUUGUAUUCAUUUUGUAUUAACUUGCCCUUCAUCUCUUCUCUCAACACUUGAUGGCGCUGAUCUCUUGUGUUGCUUUUGGUUUCAAAAGUAAAAUCAAAAGAAAUGUUUUGUCGAUGUCAGCUUCAGGCUUUUACUGUGAAGGUCUCAUUAGGAAGCGGUCGUCCUCCUCUUCCGGUCGAUUUAAAGAUGGCGGUGGCUCUUGACGCCGCGGAGAGGUUGGUGUUAUUCGCGCCAUUGUGAGAUUUUGCCGCAUUUAAUCCCGGACGGAGAGCUCCGAUGCUGAUGUCAUGAGGAGCGGAUCCCCGUGCAGGGUUACCGGAUGCCUCGUGUGAACAGGACAGCCGUUUUAUCGCUGCUGAUAGCCAGCAGCUCCGUGUUCCUGCUGUUUCAGCUGUAUUACUACCGGAAGUACGUCGGCAAGUCUGGACCUCACAUCCUGAGUCGAACAGGUCACCUGAGUGCCAGUGACGUCCAAUGGCAGACGGUUAAGAAGUUCCUGGCGUUAGCGCAGCGUUUCCGGCUGCCAAUGUUUCUUACCGACAUCGCAGCGCUCACAUUGCUCUCCCAGGAUGCAUUGCGGCAGCGCGACCGGCAGGUGCAUGAGCCGCACUGCAGUUUCUUGUGCACCAACCGGCCAAUCACGUCGUUCGCGCUGCAUGCCAACCUGUGGAAGUACGAUCCUGGCUUCCUGUUGGCCGCUGAGCAGAAAGGCUUCGAGCUGCUGGAGCUGCGCGGAGAGGACCCGCGAUUGGCUAGUCUUGACACCCUAUCAGGAGAGGACAUCCCUCUGCACCUCCUGUUCCGCCUCCAUGGUUACAUCAUCCAGGUGGUGUUCCUGUACGAGCGCAGCGGGAACUACCUGUGGCAUGGAGCGCUACGCCUCAAAGCUAACAUGGACCGAAGCUUCGCUCCAUUCAAAUUGCUCGACUACGGACAUCACGCCGGAGCCUAUGACAGGCCGGAGCUGGUCCUGACUGUCCUGGACGGCCUCGAUGUUCAAGUCCCACGCAACAUUUCCCGCUUCUUGUCCGAGCAGCAACAUGCCCGCUUCCUGGAAUGCCGAUACCGUGACGCCCGCAACUUUCUCCAGCUCUACCCUGACGACUCAUCUCUAGCAGCCGUGGAUUUUCGCAGGAAAGUGAAGUCGUUGCUUCAUUUAGCCGCUCGAACACUUGCUCGCCUCGACAUUCCCUUCUGGCUCAGCAGCGGCACCUGUUUAGGAUGUCUCUCACCCUCUAUAGGCUGGUUCAGGCAGUGCAGUAUUAUCUCGUACAGUCGUGACGUUGAUAUUGGGAUUUUCAUCGUAGACUUCAGGACAGACAUCCUCGCAGCGUUCAGAGACGCCGGUCUGUCUCUCAAACACAAGUUUGGAAAGGUGGAAGACAGUCUGGAGCUGUCAUUUCUGAGUGAGGAUGUCAAACUGGACAUUUUUUUUUUCUACGAAAACAAAGACAUCGUCUGGAACGGAGGAACGCAGGCAAAGAGCGGGAGGAAGUUCAAAUACGUCUUCCCCCGGUUCUCGCUCUGCUGGGCGGAGCUUCUUGAGCUGAAAGUUCGCGUUCCGUGCGAAACACUUGACUACGUUACUGCGAAUUAUGGCGCCUCCUGGAGUGUCCCAAUGAGGAGCUGGGAUUGGAAGACGUCGCCGAGCAACGUGCAGGAAAACGGGGUUUGGCUUCUGUCUGAGUGGGCGGAGGUUAUCCAAGUUUACUGAGAGGAAAUGCCAUGAAGA